AUGGCAGACCCGGGUACAACGGGCACUGGUACCGGUGGUGGUACAACGCCAUUGUGGCAAGAAUGGAUGCAAGAAGUGUUGAAAGAUGGAAAUUUGAAGCCGAAUGAGGACAUUACAGAACAACUGAAGGAAAAAUUAAUGGGAACAUGGGAUGAUUUGAAGAAGAGGUUGGACACUGGGGAGUUGGGCGAAAUAGCGGGCAUAUGCUCAGUGGCGGGUGAAUUAGUGAAUGGUCGCGUGAUGAAGGAUGCAGAUGUAAGUUUAAAGACAUUGUGUAAAGCUAUGGUCCAAGUUCGAUAUUUCACGAGUGCACUGAAAAAAGGGAGGAGCAGGAGUGAAGUAAACGUUGAGGGAGACAUCAAACCGCAUGAAUGGUAUCCACGAUGCUUAGUGGGUAUGGUGGCUUUAUCCGAAAUUUAUGGAGACCAUUGUGAUUUGAAAGGAGUUGUGGAGAAACUGGGGAACACAGUGGAUGAAAAAUUAGAAGGACGCCUGAAGAGAGGUGCGAAUUCAUCCUACCCAGAUAAAUGUAAAAGCAUCACCUCUCAGGAUAUACUUCUUGGUAAAGCAAUUCUUGGAAAUGCAAUUAAAACGUGGGUUCAGGAUGAUAGGCGGAAAGCUGAGGAGUAUGAUAAUGCAAGGAAGGCGGCAAGGGCAAGUGGGGAGAAAGAUCCUCCGAAUUCGUCAAUUGGAAAAAUGGGAGGAGUAGUAUACGAUAGUGAGAGUUUAUGUAAGGGAGGGGGUGAUAGGAAGUCUGCUCGGACAGCAGAUGAAAAGAAACAGCAGUUAAAAGAGAAUACCAAAAGCAUGGCAAAAUUGUUCGGAAUGAAUGUGGACACCACUCAAAGUGGUGCUGGUGGUAGUGCUGGUGGAAAUCCAUCAAAUCCAUUCGACGCCUUAAUAGAUGAUAAAUUAACCUUACAACAGGAAUUCAUAGAAAAUGUACUAAAGGAUGCAUUUGACGCCAGUAGUGGUCAAGUGGACACUAACAAAAUAAACGACGUGGUAAAGAACAUAACGAAUGCAUCUCAACAAGUACAAGCUGAAAAUUGCAUCCAUCAGAAAAAGGAUAACGGAAAGGACCCGAAACCUCUCUGUGAUCGCUUAAGAUGUAUGAAAUAUUUAUGGACACAGACGGAUCCUCCAUCAGGACAAGCAGGAGGAACGACAACUACGAAAGACUUUUGGGAAGAGAAGGUAAGGGCGCUGUGGAAAGAACUUUCUGAUGAAAUGGUGCAAGCAAAUGGCACAGAAGCAGGAAUAGAGGACUGUGAAGAAGUGUCAAAUGGAAAUAAUGGCAGCGGCAAGAGGGAUGCAACUCAUUCUGAAAAGACGGCAUGCAAUUAUUUGCAUGCCGGCUUCCAAGAACUGUACAAGGCGCCCGACGCGUCGGCGGCGCCGGCGCCGCCGGCGCCGUCGUCGCCGUUAGGCGACAUCUUAUCUACGAAACACCCAUCGUUUAGACAAACGAUGGGUUGUUUCUUACUUCAUUCAUAUGCAAAACAUAUGAAAAGUAAGGCAAUUUGUAAUAUUGAUAAGGGGAUAAGCAAAGCUUUCGAUUUAUGGGAGAACCCCAGUACUAAGGCACCUGAUAAUUGCAAUGGUGCUAAGGGGAAAACUUGCAUUCCAUGCAAAUGGGAAGAAAGUCAAUUUGGCGACUGCCAAAUUGACAAAAUUGGCCAACUGAAUGGCGAAAAGGAGAAUGUUGAAGAAAAGUUGAAAGAAAUUGUCAAGGACGACGGCAAGAACACCAACAUUAAGACCAUGACCGAAGCUGUAAACACAAUGCCAUUAUGUGACCAAGUCAAAUGUGUAACAUCCCGCUGGUGGAAGGAAAAGAAACCGACUAAUGGAACAAUUAACUGGAAUGAUGUAUGGGAAGAAGCCGAGAGUCAACUGAAGGAACUCUCUGGGGUGAUAGAAAAUAAUAAGAAGGACUCAAGUGUCAUGCAACAGUGCAUGUAUCUGGAUGGGAAGAAUGGAGGAGAGGCUUGCCUCCUUAUAGCAGCUGGAUUAAAAAGUCUCUACGACAUCCAAGACAGCACUACGGGUAAUCCGAACGAUGCCGUUGAGGCAUCGUUCAAAAGAACGAUGCAAUGUGUUGUAUUAAAUGCCAUGGCAGAUAAAUUAGAAAGUAGCGACCUUCCAUGUAGGGAUGAAAAGAAAGUGGCGAAUGGAAUAACAGUGGCUUUUAAUAAGAGUGGUGAAAUUAUGAGUCAGGGUAAAGGUUGCAAGAAUGGUAAUAAUACGUGUUUUGAGUGUAAGAGGUAUGAGGAUAAUUUUAAGAAUUGCACAGUGAAUAACAAUGUUGUUGUGAAGACGAAAGUACAGGAAAUACUCGACACCGAAUAUAAUAAUACUACUCCUAAGAGUACUACUCCCUUAUCGAAGUCUUCUCUUAUCAAGACCAUAUGUAAACCGUGUGAAGACAAGGACUUCUGUGAGCGCUUAGAAUGUAUUAGGGAGAAAUAUGGACAAAUUAGGGGCUGGAGGGGAGCAACUUGGAGUAGCAUGGAGGACGACUUCACGAGGCAGUUAACGAAUUUACUUACCCACAUGAGGGAAAAGCAGAAUGACGUUGCCGGCUACUGCAACGGCAAUGGCAGCGCCGCCUGGGCCAAUGACGCCCAUGGCAAGGCAAACGAGACUGCCUGCAAGCUGGUUGCAGCGGGGCUGCAACAUAUUUCGAGUAUUCAACAUACAUAUAAGAGUAAUGGCAGUCGGGAAACUGAUAAAAAUGGAAACCCCUAUGAUAACCAAGACGUUCAACAAUUUGCUUCUUGCUUAAUGUUAAAAGCCAUCGUACAAAAAAUGAAAGAAGAGAGCAAAUUUUGUGACAUAACGAAAGGAAUAAAUGAAGCUCUCAAAUCCGCGGACGCCAUUAAACGAGAUAAAUGUAAGAACGAACCUUGUAUUGUUUGCAAUUUGGACGACUAUGACAAACUUAAGGAUUGCCCCACUGGCAACAAUGCCAAUGACAAAGUAAAGGACAAAUUGGAUUCAUUGCUCGGAACGAAGCAGACCACCGUCAAUGACACCCUCAAGGAUUUACUUAAAGCCGACCAAAAAGAUGCACCCCUCUGUAGUCGUUUACAGUGCCUAGCUUCUCGAGUACAAGCACUAAAUGGAGGUACCACCAAUGCGGACGACUUUUGGAAGAAGGACGGUGGCGAGGUACAGAAGCUGUGGACAGAACUGUCCACAGCAAUGAAAGGGAAAGAAAAUGACACUGGAAAUGGAUGUGGUUCAUUUGCAACGGACGCUGAGAAGACGGCAUGCAAUUAUUUGCAUGCCGGCUUCAAGAAACUGUACGAACCGGACAGUUCAUCAGGAACGACUAACAAUGGUAUCUUAUCUACGAAACACCCAUCGUUUAGACAAACGAUGGGUUGUUUUUUACUUCAUUAUUAUGCAGAACAUAUGAAAAGCAAAGCAAUUUGUAAUAUUGAAAAAGGGAUAACACAGGCAUUUAAUGCAUGGCAGGAUCCAAGUACUAUUGGUAAAUGCAAUAAUGGUUCAUGUGUUCCAUGCCAAUGGGCAGAUAAUGCCCAAUUGAACACUUGUAUAAUUACCACAACUGACACAAAUGGCCGGAGCACUUCCGCUGAGAAGGUAGAAGAGAAGUUAAAGAAAGUUCUGGAGUAUGACAGCGACUCCAACAUAGAAGAAAUGCUAACUAAAAUAAAUAAAAGGACUUCUUUAUGUGACCAUAUGAAAUGUAUAGCAACCCACUUAAAUUCCACAGAUGGACAAAAAAAUGCGGAUGAAUUUUGGACAGGAGCGGAUGGCGAGGUACAUAAGUUGUGGAAAGAAUUGGCAGACGCCAUGAACGAUAAGGGCAAAAGUAAAAACGGAGAUUGUGCUAGGAUGGGAGAUAAUGGCAAUGAUAGGGAAGCAACUGACCCUGAAAAGAAAGCAUGCCAAUAUCUUACAUUAGGUUUCAACAAACUAAAACAAAAUUCAACGAAUGGAGGAACGAACUAUCCAAUCCUAUCCAAGGACCCAUCGUUGAGACAAACAUUGGGUUGUUUCCUUCUUAAGGAAUAUGCAAAAAAAAUGAAAGACACAUCAACUUGUGUUAUCGAUUCUGGUAUACAGAAGGCAUUUAAGGCAUUUAAUGAAAGUAAUAAUACUUCAUGCACGAACAAUGGUUCGUGCAUUAAAUGUGAAUGGAAUGAAAACGACUAUGAAGGUUGCACUGUUGAAAAUACCACAAAUGGCAGAACAGAGAAGACGCCAGUAAAGGACAAAUUAUCAGCAGUUCAGGACAAUAUUGACGGCACCGCAACUACCACCCUAAAUGACAUAAAUAAAAUGGAUAAGUUAUGCGAUUAUAUUAAAUGUGCCGCACCCAAAUGGUUCUACAACCAAAAGAACAACAACACACCAGGGACUAAUGGUACUGCAACGAAGACUUGGUGUGACUUUUGGGAUACGACUGUUAAGACAACAUUGCAAACGAUGUUUGACAAGAUCGAGAAGGAAGGAAAGACCAAGCCUAAUCCUGCAUGCACCGCCUUUGGUGAUGAAAAUCCACAGAGUGUCGAAAGAAAAGCUUGUAAUCAUAUCACAGCAGGUUUAAAAUACAUUAAGGAUAUUCCACCAAGUGGUAGUGGUGGUAAUGGUAAAGACAACCAACUGCUUCAUCAAGCAGUUGGUUGUAUUGCUCUUAACAUGUACGCUGAUCAAAUAAGGGAUCAGUCGAAAGAUAAAUGUCCCAUUGAUGAGAAAAAAAUAGGAGAAAUGUUUGAUAAAUGGAAUCAACAGAAUAAUAAUAAAUCUUCGCCUCCAUGUAAUGGAGGUGGUAAUAAUAAUAAUGUUUGUUUUAAAUGCACAAGACAACCAAAAUUUAAUGAUUGCAAACUAAGUGUUGACAGCAAUUUGGUUAAUGCACAAAGUGGAAAUUGCAGUGAUAACGGUAACAACAGAAAAGAAGUCCAACCUCAAAUGAACGAACUACUCAAGGAAAAUAACACCCCCCAAGUGAAUACCACCUUAACUACUAUCACUAACAUGAAAUCUUCUUUCUGUACUCAGCUCCAAUGCGCAGCAAAGAAAUGGAAAUCAGCACAAAACAGAAAUGGCCCAAUUGGAACACUAUCUUGGAGUGACAUAAAUAAAGCCGCUGAAGAUGAAUUAACGAAACUUCUAGGACAUAUGUUGCAGUCUAAAAAUCAGAAUGCAGUUACCAAAUACUGCAAAGACUACAAUUGGGAUACUUUAGGCCAUAAACAAAGCAAAACAAAUAAAGCAGCUUGUUUACUUUUUGCUUCAGGAUUAAAGCACAUUUAUGAACAAAGGAAGGUCUCUGUUAAGGGCCCUAUUAAGGGCCCAUCGUUUGAACAAACGAUGGGUUGUUUAUUUCUUAAAGAAUAUGCAAAACAAUUAAAAGAAAUGGCAAAAGUGAAGAAAGAAGGAAAUAGUUGGGUACAUCCUCUUUGUAGCAUAGAGGAUGGUAUAAACUACGCUUCUAUGAAAAGUGAAAACAUUAUGGAUGACACAUCUCCAUGCAAGAAUAAUGGUCCUAAUUCUUGUUUUGUGUGCACACUUGACGAAGAUUAUAAAGAUUGCUCCAUUGGCAAUGAGAGUGUAAAGGACAAUGUGGGAACAAUCUUCCAAGACGACCAGAAGCAAAACCAAAUGCAAGAAACCUUAGAGAAUACCGUCUGUCCCAUCCUUCUUACGGAUCUCCUUACCCCUUUUCUUCCUUUGGCUCCUGUCUCCAUUGGCCUUUCUGCUAUGGCUUAUUACCUUUGGAAGUAUUUUGGUCCUCUUGGUAAAGGAGGAACACGUUUUAGAAGAUCUCCUGCUGAUAUUCCUGGUCCAUCAGUACAAGAACAAGUCCUUGAUCAUGUGGAAGAAGCUGGUCCACAUGAAUAUCAAUUGAUGAAGGAACGAAAACCUCAUUCUGCUCCAACGAGAACGAAACGUUCUGGUCGCACGAUUAUUGAAAUUCAUUUUGAAGUGUUGGACGAAUGUCAAAAAGGGGACACACAAUUGAACCAGAAGGAUUUUCUGGAACUUUUGGUUCGAGAGUUUAUGGGAUCCGAAUUAAUGGAAGAAGAACAGGUUCCUAAGGAAGAGGUUCUUAUGGAAGGUGUUCCUAUGGAAGGUAUUCCUUUGGAAAGUGUUCCAAGUUUAGGUUCCGUGUUUAUGGUUUAA